AUGGGCGCAGCCCCCACCCCCAACCCCCACCUGCUGCGUGACUUUGGGCCCCGACCUCCAGCCUGCCUGGAGACGGCCUUCGGGGUCUCGGUGGACGACAGGGGCCUGGCCAUCUCACAGAAGCUCCCGGAGAUCUUCGAAGCCGCCGCCGCCAAAGAGCCGCUGCAGGGUUGCCCCGUUGCUGAGCCCACCACUCCUUCCGAAGAAGAGGCGGCUGAAGCCGAAAGGCUGAAAACUGAAGGAAACGAGCAGAUGAAAGUGGAGAAUUUUAAAAGCGCCGUCUCGUUCUACGGAAAAGCCAUUGAACUCAACCCGUCCAACGCAGUCUAUUACUGCAACCGGGCUGCCGCUUACAGCAAACUCGGGAACUAUGCCGGGGCAGUGAGAGACUGUGAGAGAGCCAUCGGCAUCGACCCCAAGUACAGCAAAGCCUACGGCAGGAUGGGGUUGGCCCUGUCCAGCCUCAACAAGCUCUCGGAAGCCAUCUUCUACUACCGGAAGGCGCUGGAGCUGGACCCAGAGAACGAGACCUACAAGUCCAACCUGAAAGUCACCGAGCAGAAGAUGAAGGAGGCCCCGAGCCCGACGGGCAGCGCCGGAGGGUUUGACCUGGCUGGGCUGCUUAACAACCCCGGCUUCAUGAGCAUGGCCUCCAACCUGAUGAACAACCCACAGGUGCAGCAGCUCAUGUCCGGGAUGAUUUCCAGCAGCCAGAGCCCCAUGGCCGCCCCGGGAGCCAGCACUGCCCCCCACGAUCUCGCCAGUCUCAUCCAAGCAGGCCAACAGUUCGCUCAGCAGAUGCAGCAGCAAAAUCCGGAGCUCAUAGAACAGCUGCGCAGCCAGAUCCGGAGCCGGACCCCCAGCGCUAGCAACGAAGAGCAGCAGGAAUGAGGCAGCUGCCG